GCUGUGCGCGGGCUAUGCACUCCUGCUCGUGCUCACCAUGCUCAACCUCCUGGACUAUAAGUGGCACAAGGAGCCGCUACAGCAGUGCAGCCCCGACGGGCCCCUGGGUGCCGCAGCAGGGGCGGCCGGGGGCGGCUGGGGACGCCCGGGGCCUCCUCCAGCAGUGUCGCGCCGCGCACACACCCGCUUGGAUCCCCGCACCCCGUACCGCCCUCCCGCCGCAGCCGUAGGGGCGGCUCCGGCAGCCGCCGCAGGGGCCGCGGCCCCAUCCGGCAAUAGCACUCGGGGCACCCGGGGCGCGGAAGACAAGAGGCAGUUGGUGUACGUGUUUACCACGUGGCGCUCAGGCUCGUCCUUCUUUGGCGAGCUCUUCAACCAGAACCCCGAGGUGUUCUUCCUCUAUGAGCCAGUAUGGCACGUGUGGCAAAAACUGUACCCAGGGGACGCCGUUUCCCUGCAAGGGGCAGCGAGGGACAUGCUGAGUGCUCUCUAUCGCUGCGACCUUUCUGUUUUCCAGCUGUACAGCCCCGCUGGCAGCGGGGGGCGCAACCUCACCACUCUAGGCAUUUUUGGCGCUGCCACCAACAAGGUGGUGUGCUCCUCUCCACUCUGUUCUGCCUACCGCAAGGAAGUUGUGGGGUUGGUGGACGAUCGCGUGUGCAAGAAGUGCCCACCACAGCGCCUGGCGCGCUUCGAGGAGGAGUGCCGCAAGUACCGCACACUAGUCAUCAAAGGCGUGCGUGUGUUCGACGUGGCCGUGCUGGCGCCGCUGCUGCGCGACCCGGCCCUGGACCUCAAGGUCAUUCAUUUGGUGCGCGAUCCCCGUGCUGUGGCCAGCUCACGCAUCCGCUCGCGCCAUGGUCUCAUCCGGGAGAGCCUGCAGGUGGUACGUAGCCGGGACCCGCGAGCCCAUCGCAUGCCCUUCCUGGAGGCUGCUGGCCACAAACUGGGUGCCAAGAAGGAGGGUGUGGGUGGCCCGGCAGAUUACCACGCACUUGGCGCUAUGGAGGUCAUCUGCAACAGCAUGGCCAAGACGCUGCAGACGGCCCUGCAGCCCCCUGACUGGCUGCAAGGCCACUAUCUGGUGGUGCGGUACGAGGACCUGGUGGGAGACCCUGUUAAGACGCUACGGAGGGUAUACGACUUUGUGGGGCUGCUGGUGAGCCCCGAAAUGGAGCAGUUUGCUCUGAACAUGACCAGUGGUUCCGGCUCCUCCUCUAAGCCUUUCGUGGUGUCUGCACGCAAUGCAACGCAGGCCGCCAACGCCUGGCGGACCGCCCUCACCUUCCAGCAGAUCAAACAGGUCGAGGAGUUUUGCUACCAGCCCAUGGCCGUGCUGGGCUACGAGCGGGUCAGUAACCCCGAGGAGGUCAAAGACCUCAGCAAGACCCUGCUGCGCAAGCCCCGGCUCUGAGAAGGCUUCGCGGGAGACCUGAUUCUAUGUGGGAGACACCCAUAGGAGGAUUAUGGUGUAUUUAAACAAAAACAGCCCAGACCCAAACUGAGGAAGCCCACAUAUUCUAGUAUAGAUGUAUAAGUAACCGCACAGGCACUUGCUGUCAGUGUUCUGAGUCAUUGAAUUUCAAGGAACAGUCACAACACACAAACAUCUCAGAAAAGGCAAGACUUGAAAGUUCUGACCAGCUGUCCUCUCCUCUCCCCUGCCUUUUCUCUCUUCCCCUUUCUUCUAUGUCUUACCCUCUCCCCUACCUGACUUCCAUUUUGAAGUGGGAUGUUGAUUAAAUCAAGAUCCAGUAACUCAAAUCUUGUUUACAAAGUUUUUUGUGGUAUCUGUGAAUGUGUAAAAGAGCAUUUGCUGUGGGGGUGGGGUAGAGAAAGGGAAAGUGGUCCAGGAGCAAAAAGCCCCAUUGGGAAUGAUAAACCAAGGAGGCAUUCAUUCUUCUAAAGUAGACUUUUCUGUAAAAAACAAAGGUUACACGUGAGUAUUAAUAAAGAAGAUAAUAAAUAAUAUUCUUUUUUA